AUGGAAGAAGAGAAGAUGAAUCUGAGACUUGACAUGAAUGUUCAGAAGCUAGAAACCGAGAAAUUAAGAAAAAGAAAUGAUAAGGCUGAGAGAGAUUUGGAUAGUUUGAAAACAGACUAUAAGAGGUUGCGUUGUUCGAUGAAAGCUGCUGGGCUUGGAAAAACUUCAGAGCAGUGGUGUCAGGAAAUUCAAGAGGAAAAGAUCAAGGCUGAUAGAUGGGAAAGGAAGUUCCAGGAUGCCCAAAUGCGAAAUGAGACCCUGGAGAAGAGUUUGUCAGAAAGCCGAAAUGAAAAGGGUGAGCUAAAAGCUAGAGUGGCUGAGCUUGAGAAGAUUCUGUAUCAAUAUCGAAACCGUAAUUCUGUAAUGGAGCUAAGGGCGAGCUUAGACAAGAUUGAGCAAAUGAAAAGAAGAGUGGAAGAAUUGGAAAUGGCACUACAAAACUGUGAAAUACGGAUUGAAUCCCUUAAAGCUAGUGAAGAGCCAAAAAACCUGUCAGCUAAACAUCGUUACGGUACCCGAGCUAAGACAAAAGACAUGGACCAAAGGUUAGAAAAACUCGAACAAUUGCAAAGGGAGAUGCAGGACCAGCUACAAGCGCAAAUGCAAGAGCGGUUGGAUAAGUUCCAACGAAAAAUGACGGACAAGAUAGUAGAAUUCCAAGACAGCAUGAUGGCCAAGUUGACCCAACUGUUGACUGGGGUAGUGAUAAAGGGAAAGGCCCCAUGA